GUUAAAAUUGUUUACGCCACACGGCUGCAGUUCGGGCCCAGUUCUGUAUCGCAAAUGAGUACUAACUCCAGAUCUCUGAGGCUGAAUGACUGCGAGGACCGCCUCAGCUCCCAAUCCUCGGACGAGAAGAUGGACACGGGCUCCGAGUCCUUCCUCACCACCCAGGACACCCCCAACUCAACCUUAUCAUCAGACUUUGAUGAGAAGGACCAAGAAUCCAAUGACGAUGACCCGGUCCUGAGACUUCAAAACCCCACCAACAAUGAUACACCUGUACUACGACUCUCGGAGCCCACACAAGAGUGUAUCAUCAACAAGAAUCUACUCAAACAAGACUUAAACGAUAGCUUAACGACUAAGAUGUCGAAUUUAAGGUUGGACUCCUUACAAGUAGAUGAAACUGGUGAUAGGCCUAAGCAUCUAGGAAUCAGUCCACCGAAGUUUAGCUCAACACUAACCCUCACUACAAGUCAUCCUCUGAUGGGCCUCGGCAGUCCUGAUGCAGUGGAGAACUACCCCGACGUGGUGCCCAAGAAACCCUUCAAGAAACUCGAGGAUGAAGCUAAAGACUUGAGCUUGUCCAGCAUAGAGGACGACCGGGUGACCAACGAGGCAAAUAGCUUCACAGAUUUCUACGGGCCACAACGAAACACAUCGAAAAAUAACCUCUAUUUCCACGAGAAUUUUGUAACAGCCGACAGUCAAAUCUUGAAUGAUAUCUCUAGAAUAGACAAUGUUACUAGUCCACCAGACGUAGCAAGAGUGCAAGAUCUAGAAAAUUCUAGAAGGAAGAUCAUACCUUGCUUUAGGGAGACAGAGCUUAAAGUGAAUGUUACAAAUGUGUCGACACCGCAAAGGGUUUUGGGUCGUGUGGUGGAUGAACAUCGGGACGACAGUGCCAUACUGAAGUAUGUGGAGGAGAGGAAGAAGAAAAUGGGCAUUAAGGGGGAGAGCACACCGAAAAGGGGGGAGGAGUCAUUGCCUGUUGGUAUACCAGAACCUGAGGAGUUCCAUUCUGGGGUGGCGGAAUGGUGUGAGUCUCCGUCCGACCUGCGCUCGCUACCGAACUUCCAGCUGCCCGUGGAGCGGCGCAGCAGCGUCCACCAGGACCUAGACUCCCCAGACGUCCUCUCCUCGUCCACCCAGGAGGACCGCUCCUCGUACCAGGCGACGCUGGACGUGCGCGCCGGGAGCGUGGCGCUGCGGCACGCGGCCGCGCUGCCCCCCUCGGGGACUAUGAGGAGACGGAUUGUGCUGCCGCCUGAAGACAGCGUCAGUCUGGACAGCGUGUCCGCCUGCUCCCUCUCCUCAGAAGAAGAACCGCAGCUUGGUGACGUCUUGGAGGCAGCAGCCGAGGACCGGGGCAGCAGCCACAGAAACUCAUCCAGUGCCAGUGACCCAAUCCCGGAGUACUCUGCUGCUGAAGAGUUUGAGGAGGAGCGCGCCUGGCUGAAGGUACCUCUGGGCAACGGAGCCACCAGCACCUGCGACAUGAAGGUCAUAGAACCGUUCAAGCGGUGCCUCUCUCACGGGGGCUACAUGGGGACGGCGGGGGGCGCGGGGGGCGCCGCCAUCAUCGUGUUCUCUGCGUGCCACCUGCCGGACCGCGCGCGUGUGGAUUAUCAUUAUGUCAUGGAUAAUUUGUUUCUCUACGUGAUGUGGUCCCUGGAGCGUCUGGUCACCGACGAGUACUGCCUGGUGGUGCUGGCGGGGGGCGCGGGGGGCGCGGGGCGGGGCCGCCUGCCCGCCUGGGGCUGGCUGCUGCAGUGCUACAGACUCGUGGACCGACGGUUGCGCAAGAGCCUGAAGCAGCUGUACCUGGUGCACCCCACGUUCUGGAUCAAGUCGCUCGUGCUGCUCUCCAAGCCCUUCGUCAGCUCAAAAUUCUUCAAGAAGCUGUCCUACGUGAAAAACUUGAGCGAGCUGAUGCGGCGCCUGCCCGUGGAGCCCAACGCCAUCCCCGACCUCGUGAAGCAGUACGACGCCAAGCGGUAGUGGCCUAUUUCCGCGGACUUAGGCCCCGGGAGGCCUAAGUCCACGGACUUG